ACGUGGAACAUUCCCUGUUCCCCAACCUCACUGGUCAUUGGGCGGGGACAAAGGUCCACAGAGGUGGCUCCAUCAUAGCCAUACACUGUUGACUCUCCUUGGACACCGGACCUAGCAUGGCCUUCAGAGGACACAGAUGUCCCCUCUCUUCUCUGUUGAUGUUCCCUGAGUCCCUCCUGGGCACUAGCUGCCAUGCCAGAAGCUGGGAACACAGUGGGGACCCAGCAGAGCGGCCUGCCUUCCUGGAGUUCACGGUCUAGUGGGAAGACGGGAGUUAGCUGGGCCUUCCUGAGGUGCCGCCACCGGCACGGCCAGGCCAGCAUGGUGGACCACUUGCUUCCAGUGGACGAGACCUUCUCGUCACCGAAAUGCCCAGUUGGUUAUCUGGGUGACAGGCUGGUCGGUGGGCGGGCGUACCACAUGCUGCCCUCGCCCCUCUCCGAGGAUGACAGUGACGCCUCCAGCCUCUGUUCCUGUGCCAGCCCGGACUCACAAGCAGUCUGCUCCUGCUAUAGCGGUGGCCCGGGUGCUGAGGGCCAGGAUAGCAUCUUGGACUUCCUGCUGUCCCAGGCCACACUGGGCAGUGGUGGUGGCGGUGGCAUCGGGGCCAGCAGUGGCCCCAUGGCCUGGGGGUCCUGGCGGCGGGCACCAGCACCUGUGAAGGGGGAGCAUUUCUGCUUCCCCGAGUUUCCUGUGGGUGACCCUGAUGACGUCCCAAGGCCCUUCCAGCCCACCCUGGAGGAGAUUGAAGAGUUUCUGGAGGAGAACAUGGAGCUGGGGGUCAAGGAGGCCCCAGAGGGCAGCAGCAAGGACUUGGAGGCCUGUGGCCAGCUCUCAGCCGGGCCACACAGGAACCACCUCCAUCCUGGGUCCAGUGGGAGAGAGCGUGGCACUCCCCCUCUGGGCAGUGCCAGUGUGGGUGGCAGCCAGAGUCCGGGUGGGGGGCCCACAUCUGACGGCCCCAUCCCCGUGCUGCUGCAGAUCCAGCCUGUGCAGGUGAAGCAGGAGUCGGGCAAUGAGCCUGCCUCCCCUGGGCAGGCCCCGGAAAGUGUCAAGGUAGCCCAGCUUCUGGUCAACAUCCAGGGUCAGACCUUUGCACUGGUGCCCCAGGUGGUGCCCUCCUCCAAUGUGAACCUGCCCUCCAAGUUCGUGCGUAUCGCCCCUGUGCCCAUCGCCGCCAAGCCCAUUGGGUCGGGACCCCUGGGGCCUGGCCCCGCCGGCCUACUCAUGGGCCAGAAGUUCCCCAAGAAUCCAGCGGCAGAACUCAUCAAAAUGCACAAAUGUACUUUCCCCGGCUGCAGCAAGAUGUACACCAAGAGCAGCCACCUCAAGGCGCACCUGCGCCGGCACACAGGCGAGAAGCCCUUUGCCUGCACCUGGCCGGGCUGCGGCUGGAGGUUCUCCCGCUCGGACGAGCUGUCGCGGCACCGGCGCUCGCACUCGGGCGUGAAGCCCUACCAGUGUCCCGUGUGCGAGAAGAAGUUCGCGCGGAGCGACCACCUCUCCAAGCACAUCAAGGUGCACCGCUUUCCCCGGAGCAGCCGCUCGGUGCGCGCGGUGAACUGAGCGCCCGCCGGCCCCGCCCCCUCACCCGCCCAGUUCUUUUGUAGCAAUAAUUUAUUUGCCUCUUCAGAGGCACGUGACGAUGUUGCAAACCCACCUUCUGGAGCCCGGGAGGUGCAGGAAGAGAGGGGCUUGCCUGGGAGGCGGGAACCGGAGCCGCCCGGCCCGCUGCCUUUCCCGGGAAGACCUAGAGCCACGCCCGGGUCCCUGGGGUCUGAGCCCCUAGCACCCGCGCAGGGGGCCCUGCCUUCCCGCCUUUGUGCCUUCGUGCCUUCCAGCGGGCCGGCCUGUGCUGCAGCGGCGCGGGGAGCCUGGACCUUCUCCCACUGGGCUCCCUGCCUGGGCCAAGGCCGACACUUUUUGCUCAGAAGAAGAAAUGUGCCGUUUUGAAAUGUCAGUUCCCAGAGGGAGCUGUGCUGGGAAGAAGGAAGUAGGCCAGAAGUCCAGGGCUGCACUGUGGUGUGAGGGUGGCUUGGUCCCAGACCUCUGGCUCAGCCUGACUGCCGGAGGAGGGUACGGGAAGGGCCGUCAGGGGUUUAGAACCUGGCCUCUGGGCAGAUAAUGGAAUUAGGGUGAAAAGCCCCCUCUUUGGUUGGGGGGGGGGGUCUGGCAGUGCAUGUGCUUGAGUUAAACAGUGCGGGGCAGACAGGUGCAGUCUAGGUACCCAGCAUGGCUCAUCCCCUCGUCCUGUUUCCAGACAAAUCCAGACACCAGCCUCCAGGAUCACCUUGGGGAAAAGAGGGGAGCAGGCUGCAUUGCAUGUAGACGAACUAGAUAGAGCCUCCGAAUCCUGAUUUAGAAAUGCAUUCCUUAUUUUGUCUAGAAAUUAAUAUCAAAUGAACUAGCUUGUUUUGACAGGUUUAUUUCACAUCCUAUGAAUGUAUGUAAAUAAGCUGUACAUAGGUACAUCUACAUAAAAUAUCUUUUAAUAACAUAUCAACAUUUGUGUACAUUUGAAAUUAAAAAAAUCUAUAAAGCUGGUGUACAUAUGUUACAAUUAUGUAUAUUUUCUUUGGUCCUUCAUAAAAAUAUAUUUACUUUGCCAAUAAAAAGAAAAAAGAACUCGAUAA